AUGGGGAACAGACUUUUGGGGGUUGGGAAACUCGACACCAUCACUGUAGAUGAUGCCAAGUGGUUGGAAGAAGCCAAACCAGCAGAGGAAAUGAGUCAAGGGAGUGGAGAUGCAUCUGAGAAGAGGAAUGAGCCGCCACCAUCCAAGAUCGAGGCAUUGGAUGGCUCCAACUAUGAAGAAUGGAGCGGGCGGAUGCGGAGUGCAUUCAAGCGCUACAAGUUGCUGAAACUUUCGAUGGGAGAAGAGAAGAUGCCGAAGGAAGGAGAUGCCCGCAAUCGGUGGAUUGAGAAGAGUGCGGUGCUGUACGACCUAAUCCUUCAAUCGAUCAACAACGAUAUGUUCCAACACAUCAAGGAUUUGGUGGAGUUGGAUGAUUCCGGACCAAAGGCAUGGAAGCUACUGCACGACGUGAUUCAGCCCAACACGCUGCCGAUGGUGAUUGUGUUGGAGAAGGAGCUGGCUGCCCUCUCCAUGCGACCGGGCAAUGAUGUGAAGCCGGUUCUUGACAAGAUCAAGGACACCUAUGCGAGGAUGGCAGCGGCGGGCAGCAAUGUGUCGCAGAUGCAGCAGUGCACCAAGAUCAUCUCGGUGCUCGACAACUCGUGGGACAACCUCAUCCCCACCCUCAACACUCAGCAGGACCAGUGGACACCUGAGUGGCUACGGCAGCAGAUUCUGCAAGAGGACUUCCGCAGGCGCCACACGGGUGGUGGUGCUGCCAACAAAACUGCUGAGGGGUAUGGAGCUGCAGGAGGCAGCAGAGGGAGAGGGGGAGGGAGAGGCCGAGGCUGUGGGAGAGGCUUUCGCAGAGGGAGAGGCCGAGGUGACUAUAAUGAGGGGCAUGGGAGCUCUGGUGGCAGGGGGAGUACCCGAAUGGAGGGAGCGUGCUGGUACUGCAAGAAGGCUGGACACAUGUGGUUCAAGUGUUUCAGCCGGCCUGAGGGAUGGGCACCCCCAGGCAUGAAGCCGCCAAGUGGUGAACGUGCACGAGGUGGCGCUGUGCAAGGUUCAGGUGCACAAGGUGAUGGUGCACAUGGUAAAGCCAACCCUGGGAUGUUCCUCAUGGUUGAGGAUGUGAAAGGGAGUGAAGCAACGGCAGCGGCAGCAGCAACGGCAAAGGCAACUGCAGGAGGAGAGGAGACUGCACCAUCUGAUGGGGCUCUGGAUGCAGUCAAGAAGGUGCAGCAGCCACAGGAGCCACAUGGUGAGGUGCUUGCUGGUGUGGAUGCGACAGCUGCAUGGGCAAAGGCUUCAUCUGGGAGUGGUGAGGCUGAUUGGGAGACGUGGCACGAGAGGCUGUGA